UGCGUCGAACCACCGGGACACUUAAAACAUACGUUUUAGUGAUUUGCGAACUAGUUUGCCUCCUUUUGUGUUAAAAUUGUUUCCUAAUACAGUGCCACAAACCCGAGCGCCAUGAGCUCGCCCGACGACAUCCCCGGACCGUCGAAGUCAGACCCCAAGAAGCGCGAACAUUCCUCCUCGCGCAGCUCCAGCAUCGAAUUUCUCCCCGAUCGCCCGGCCACGGCCAGCAACGGACAUGGUCAGGCCACUUCGCCCGGCUAUUUUGGCGGCAGUAGCCCCAAUGAUGCUCGCAGCCCAUUUGGAGGCCGCAGUCCCGCCGUCGGCAUGGGACCCAGCAACAUGCGUGACCGCCUCCUGGUGGCCAAUGCCCUGGCCAGAGAAAAGUCCAUCAGCUCGGACAAUGAGGACUCUUCUAGCUCAUCAUCGUCGCUCAUAAAUGGUGAGGAAAAUGGCGCCAUAAAUGGUGGUAAGAAGAAGAAGAAGAGCAAAAAUGCGCGCGAACGCUUGCUAUCGGGAGACGCUGCUCUCAUCGGCUGGACCGGGGGAUAUCCAAAGCUUUCCACCUCGCACAGCGUCGACAGUAGCUCGGACCAGGAUUCGCAGACGGCAGUCGAGCUGCGUACGCUCGUCAACAGUGGUCUACGGGUGUUUCCCAGAGAAGCGUUGCACGGACCUGAGAUGGCAGAGCCAGCUGAAGGCCAAGUCCAAGUGGGUGCCUCAGUGGAUGAUGAGGAGAUGAAGGUGGAGAAGCCGCAACAGCAUCAACACCAACCGCAGUCGCAGCCUCAGCCGCCGCCGCCACAGCCACACCAAGAGCAGCCACAGCAGCAGCAGUCGCUUGCCACGCCUCCAUCGCCGGAGUCCUCUUUGUCCUCCAGCUUCGAUUCAGAGCGAAAUGGCAUGGCGACAGCAACGCCGCCCGCUACUGAAGCCCAAUCCGAUCGGGAGUUGAAACCAACCGAUCAGGAAACCCAAACCGAGCCCGUGCCAGAACCAGCACCAGAGCCAGUACCAGUACCAGAACCAGAAGUUCAAACAACUAGUACAAAUGUGACAACGACUAACUCCAACCCGACGCCACAAUGUCCAACCAACAUGCAACAAACAGAGUUAGACAACCAGGAUGAAGAUGAGAAUGAGCCGGAGCAGGUACCGAAGCAGGAACCGAAUCAGGAACCGGACCCACAGCCACAGUCACAGCCGGAGAUCCAGCAGGUCAAGAUGGAGAAGCAGCCAGCCGAGAAGGAGCCGCAGCCGGACGAGGAAGCCAAUCAGGCAGAGCUGGAGAUUGUGGAGGUGCCGAGCCAGGCAAUGGUCAUUGAAAUCGAUGACGACGACGACGACGUUGAUGAUGAUGAGGAGGUGGUUGAGGUUGUGUCACCAACUCGUGUACUGAAGCGCGCCGCUAGCUCUCCUUAUCAGAGUUUCGUAAAUAUGGAGCCAGUUCUGGCCAAGAUGCCCAAACGUCCCAGCCAAGGAGAUGUUGCCACUGCCAGCGGCUUGGUGAAGCGCGACAUGUCGCAGAGCACUCAGAAGUCCAACCAACUGGCUCAGACCGAGCCAGUGUCUGAUAUGCAACCGAAGUUCCGUAAGGAAGCCCCACGCCCACCACCUCCGAAGGUGGAGCUCCACCUGGCUCUGACCGGGCAUGUGCCAGAGUUGGAAAUGGAAUUUCGUAAGUUAGCCCAAGCCCAGGCCCAGGCCCAGGCCGCCGCGAAGGUGGAGGCACCUACCACCCCGUUGGGAAACCUGAAACUGAAGGCCACCGACGAGUUCUAUCGUCUGCCCUUCGCUUACGGCUGGAAAAGGGAGCUGGUGCUCCCCAGCAACGGAAAUCCGAAGCGUCGCACCGGCGAUGUCUUCUUCAUCGCCCCCGGCGGCAGGAAGCUGCGCUCCCGCGAGGACAUCAUUCCGCUGCUAGAAGGUGAACUGACCAUUGAGCAUUUCUGCUUUCAGCGACAGUCGCAGGAGGUGGGUCCGGAGUUCGAGCUGGUGCGUCGGGCCACGCCCGCUCCGCAGCGUGCCAAAUCCCUGGCACUACCGCUGCCCAUACCGCCCUUGCCCAUGCCCGUGACAGGAAAGCGUGUCUCCAAGCCGAAGGUGCCGAAAGGUGCCAGUCCGCCGUACGAGGGCUGGACCGCCACCAGCGCGGUCAAGGGCAACGCCAGGGUCUUGGCAGCCAGCAACGGAAGCGGUGGAGCAGCCGGAGGAGGCGCUGCAGCUGGGCCAUCGGGAUCGGCCACUGCCCGCAAGCGAAGCUUCAAGACCCCGAUCAAGGGUCCGAAUUGCAUAACCUGUCUGGGACCACUGAUGCUGCCCAAGCAGCUUGGCGCCCCCAAGAGUAACAUCUGUCUGAACUGCUGGAAGUCCAGGCUGGUGAAGAAACCUGCUGCCGGCGAGGCAGUGGAUGUCGAUGUGAACUUGACGCAUGCCCACGCAUUUUCUCCGGACCAAGAGGAGACUGUCAGCGGUUCCAGCUUGAUGGAGAUUUCUGAGGAGAUCAAGGAGCCCGGCCAAAAGCCGCCGGCUCAGCUACUCACCGAUGCGGAGCCGCGUUGCCGCUCGCCCCGCGAACAGGAUGUGGUGGUGAUUGGCGGCCGCAAGGCCAUCGCCAUUCGCGCAGACCCGCCACGUCCGCGCAUGAAAUUGAAACCGAAUCCUCCGGACUUGACCAGCUACGAUAGAAUCUACAACAAGCGCAUUCUGUCGAAGAAGCCGCGCAUGGACUUGGUCUCGUCCCUGGCCGACGCCCAAACUGGCUGCCAGGUUCUGACCGCCAUCAUGAAGACCAUGAGCCUGCAGGAUCGGUCCAACAUGUCGCGCGUGUGCAAGACCUGGGCCAUGGUCAGCCGCGAGAUGAGCGUGUGGAGCUCGGUGUCCCUCCGUGAUACGGUGGUCAACAACUGGCUAUACUUGCUGCGCGAAAUGGCGCGCCAUCGCACCCGUGAGCUGGACAUGAUGGGUGUGAUAAUGAAGAAGCCCCAGAUCCGAAUGACCGGAGAUAUGCGCGUCCUGCGGGCCAUGCGUGUGCUGCGCACAGAUUCAUGCGAUGCCGAAUUCCUGCAGCUGAUCUUCAAGACUCUGACGUCCCUUUUGGAGCUCCGCACGGUCUGCACCAGCAACACCCUGAGCUUGGCCAAUCUGGACCGCAUAGAGGGACUGCGCAUCCUGCGCCUGCGCAUGGCUGACCCGAAAGGCACGCUCGCCUCGUUCACCACCCUGGCCAAGAUGAAGCACCUGCGGGAGCUGAGCCUGCGCGGUGUGACCAACUUGGGAAAGAUGCCGCUGCAGCUGCUGAAGACAUUGCCGGCCCUGGAGGUGCUCACGCUGGGCUUCGGCAAGGGUAUUGACUGCGUGAAGCUGGGCAGGGAUGUGCUGCCGGCCAUGAAGGCCUUGCACACCUUCCGCCUGGAGAACGAUCAUCGCAGCAUGUCCCUGUUCCCGGUCGACGACAUUAUGAGUGGCCUGGCCCGCAUCGGAAAAAUUAAGCGCCUCGAGUUGCUGAACGUGGACGUGGACGACUGCUUCACUGACAUGCUCGCCCGCUGCCCGACCAUCAAGUGGCUCCUGCUGACCCCCAACUGCAUGCACAAUGCCGCCAACAUGAUCAACGCCGUGAUGCAGGCCGUCAGCCGCAACAGCGACCAGCUGCGUGUGUUCCGCCUGGGAUUGGUCAACCAGCUGCUGAGCGUCACCGGUAACCUGUACAGGGGUACCGGCAAGGAUGUGAUACCUGUACGCCGUCCAGUGCCCGGCAUUCCAGCCAACGAUCCCCUCAAUCGCUGCACCCCAGAGGACAACUGCCAGGAGACAUCGGACCACUCGCAGUGCGUUGCCUUCCUGCCCGUUGAACGUCUCGAGGCCAUACUGCACCACAUGGUGCCCCAGGCCUGGCUCUCCGUUGCCAAGGUGGCCAUGUGCGACACCACCAAGCUGCAGUUCCUGCCGCAUCCGCAAGACACCCCCAACCCAGGGCCGGGUACCUCCUCAGGGAAAUAGUUUUUAGCUCAUAAGUACCACCUAUACCUACACCUAAACCUACAGAGAAAUCCAAGACUGAGUCUUCGAGAGUCAUCACAAAAACACAAAAAAAAAAAAAAAAGCGAAAAGGAAAGCGAGAAUCUUAUGUUAAAGUUCAAGAAUGAAAGCAUAAUCACGGAAGGAAGGAAGAAAGGAAGGAGCGGAAGUGGAAGUGGAAGUGGAACCGACAGAACGGUCAGAGUAUUAGUUAGUUUAUUUUGUGUUCUUUACCCAGUUAGCUGCAAGGUGGCUAUAAAACAGGGAGUUUAUGUAUUUUUUUUUUAGUUUUUUUUUUCAGUUUU